AUGAGUUCUAGAGCUUUGAGAAAACUGCAGGAUGAUAAUGAUUUAUUGGAGUCAUUAUUGUCAUCAGCCAGUAAAAAGAAUCUAACAUCAGCUGUGAAGAAAGACAAUAAAGCUAAUUCUGGUUCUAACAUGUUUUCGUUAAUGAAUGACAACAAUUCCAGUGAUAACUAUAAUGAAACAGAUAUUUCUAACGAAGAGGACCAAUUGGAUUUGAUAGAGACUGAUAUAAAAAAGGAAGUGGAAGAACCUAAAAAGAUAACAAUUGCGACAAAAUCACAGAAAAAGAAGAAAAAUAAGUUGAACAAGAAGAAAAAGAGCAUUACAAAAGCUAAUCAUGAAAAUAAUAAUACUAAUUCAGACGAUGAAAUUACUGAGAGCCAUGAUGAUGAAUUUGACCAAAUUAUACAACAGUUUCAGAAAAGAAACGUUUUAGAGUAUGGUUCAAUGAUAAACAAUUUCCAAUUAGACAGUGACGAUAAUGCUAUUGGAAAUGACGACAAUUUAGAUGUGGAUAGUGAUGAGUUCAUGACUGCCUCGGACAAUGAAGAUUAUAUAACCGGUAAAGAUAGCAAAUCUUUUGUAUUAUCUGAUUUUUUUUUUGACACAAGUUUUUCAAAAUUUCCAGUACAUAUAUUAAAGAAUUAUAGUUGGGCGUUCAAUACCAAUGUCAAAAACUUAGAUCCACACACUGAAUUUAAAUUACUUUUUGAUGAUAUAUCGGCGGAGUCUUUAGAGGAUAUUGAUUCUCUUUCCUCUGCACAUAUCUCCCCACAACAACUGAAACAAAUACAAAGGUUAAAGAGGUUAGUACGGAAUUGGGAUGGUCAAGAUCACAGAACCGUUCCAAAUGGUCCAGGUGGCUCUGUGCACAAAUUACUAUUCACAAAAAUUAGACCAGAUUGGUUACCAACUCAGCGUGGUGAAUUAUCAAUGACUUUAUUAAAACAUGAAGAUGUUUGUGAUUGGCAGUUGAUUCAAAGGCCAACUGAAUGGAAGGACAUGAUAAGCGAAGAUGUUACAAAUUGGAGGAAACAUAUCUCUUUUUUUAAAUUUGAACCUUUAAAUUCUGAAACAAAUAAAAAAGCAUUGACAGAAUUUUAUUUAAGUGUUGUACUUCACCCAGACCAUGAAUCUCUGAUCAAUUUAAUUUCAUCCAAAUAUCCAUAUCAUGUUCCUGGAUUAUUACAAGUAGCUUUGAUCAUGUUAAGACAAGGUGAUAAAUCCAAUACCAAUGCUCUGAUCCAAAGAGCAUUAUUUGUAUUUGAUAGAGCAUUGAAAAGUGGUUUGAAAUUCAACUCAACAUCUGUGCAACUGCCUUUCAUAUAUUUCUAUAAUAGACAAUUUUAUUUCGCGAUAUUCAGAAAUAUUCAAAUGUUAUCACAAAGGGGUGCUGUGGGAACAGCCAGUGAAUGGACUAAAGUAUUAUGGUCCUUAAGUCCUUUAGAGGAUCCAGUUGGUUGUCGUUAUUUUAUUGAUCAAUAUUUGCUGCUAAAUAACGAAUACCACUAUAUCAUAAAACUAUCGAAUUCCCCACUCAUAAAAACGUAUAGACAGUGGUAUACUUUUAGUUUUGGUAUGGCCGUAGUUUUAAGUUAUCUGAGAAUCGAUGAGUCUAAAAAGGCAUUGAAGGAGUUGCGAAAUGUUUUUAAGUAUCAUGCGAAGUCCUUGGCAUACAUUUUUAAAGAGAAAUUACUAGGUGAUAGCAAACUAGUUGAUAACUUCCAAGUAGAAGACAAUAGUUUAGCACAUAUUGAAGCAAAAGCUUACAUCACUAGAUUUCCUUCAAUUUGGAAAGAAAGUUCAGAUCUUUCAUUCCUUCUUGCCGAAUUACAACAAUUAUUCACGGACUACAAAAAGAAUGCCUUUGAUAUAAUUCCUGAACCAAAUUACAGUGAUUUUAAAGGUACUCACCAUCCAUUCUACAUCGACAGCUUACCAGUAAAUUUGUUAAGAUUUGUAUUUCUGUCAGACGAAUCGUCCGUGGCGGCUGCCAUCCCUUCUAAUAUUUGGUCUGAUAAUCAAAUAUAUGAAUUUGAUGUUUUACCACCAGAAUCUAUUGAUAGAGAGACUGCAGAUAUUGUUGAAAAAAUCACAAGUUUCAUCGAUGGCCAGGAAUUGGAAAUGUAUCAAAUGGCUCUACUUCAAGAUGAAACGUUAUUAGACCAGAUAAGACAACUAUCAUUGGAUCAAUACUUAGAGGAAAAUCCAAACAUGGAAAUUGAAUGA